AUGCUGCCGGCGCCGUGGCGCCAGACCGCCGCUCCCCCUUGGCCAGCCGGCAGCGCCCCGGCUCCGCAGCCCACGCGCGGACUGCAGCCACCGGCCACGACGACCACGACAGACCCCCUCGCGGGCGCCGCGCCCGGCCCUCCCGUGGCGCGCAUGGUGGCGGCGGGCAGCCUGCUGUCGCUGCUGGUGCUGUGGACCCUGCUGGGGAACGUGCUGGUGUGCGCGGCCGUCCUGGGCUCUCGGCACCUGCGCGCCAAAGUCACCAACAGCUUCAUCGUCUCCUUGGCCGUCUCGGACCUGCUGGUGGCGCUGCUGGUCAUGCCCUGGAAGGCGGUGAGCGAGGUGGCGGGCUACUGGCCCUUUGGCGCCUUCUGCGACGUCUGGGUGGCCUUCGACAUCAUGUGCUCCACCGCCUCCAUCCUCAACCUCUGCGUCAUCAGCAUGGACAGGUACUGGGCCAUCUCCAGCCCCUUCAGGUACGAGAGGAACAUGACCCAGAGGGUGGCGCUGGUGAUGAUCAGCCUGGCCUGGGUGCUCUCGCUCCUCAUCUCCUUCAUCCCAGUCCAGCUCAACUGGCACAAAGGCCCGGAGCCCCAGGCCACCACCACCCCACUGGCAGCAGGCCCCAGCACGGGCAGCCUCUCGCCCUGGACCGAGGAUUUGAGCCCUGGGCGGACAGGGAGCCCCGGAGGCAGACGCAAUGACACUGGGCAGGCCCACGGGGCGGAGCACUGCGACUCCAGCCUGAACAGGACCUACGCCAUUUCCUCCUCCCUGAUCAGCUUUUACAUCCCCGUGGCCAUCAUGAUUGUCACCUACACCCGCAUCUACCGGAUUGCCCAGGUGCAGAUCCGCCGGAUCUCCUCUCUGGAGAGGGCUGCCGAGCAUGCUCAGAGCUGCCGUGACAGCAUGCGCUUGGACUGCCCUCACCACCUCCACCACCCCCCCUGCCUCAACUCCUCCAUCCGCAAGGAAACCAAAGUCCUCAAGACCCUCUCUGUGAUCAUGGGGGUUUUCGUCUGCUGCUGGCUGCCCUUCUUCAUCCUGAAUUGCAUGGUGCCCUUCUGUGAGAGUCCCCCUGAUGACCCAGAAGCCGGCCUGCCAUGUGUCAGCAACACCACUUUCAACAUUUUUGUCUGGUUUGGCUGGGCCAACUCUUCCCUAAACCCCAUUAUCUAUGCAUUCAACGCCGACUUCAGGAAGGUCUUUUCCAACCUCUUAGGCUGCAGCCAGCACUGCUCCAGCAUGCCCGUGGAGACGGUCAACGUCAGCAACGAGCUCAUCUCUUGCAAUCCAGACACCCUCUUCCACAGGGAAAUCGCCACCACCUAUAUUGACAUGAUUCCCAACGUGGUGGGCUGUGGUCAGGACGCUCCUUUUGAUAGGAUGUCCCAGCUCUCGCCUGUUCAGGAAGUCGCUACAGACUCUGUCUGUGAGCUGGACUGUGAGGGAGACAUCUCACUUGACAAAAUUAUCCCCCUCGCCCCUAGGAACCUACUUUAGACUUCAUCAAACCCAAAGGGAUGGCUUGAUCUUGGAACCUACAGUUUUGAUGGUCAUUUUUCUUUUGUUUUCAGAAUCUGCAGAAAGUGAACUCUGAAUGACCGACCGACAGUGUAGUGAAAGACCUGGGUUAUAGUGCCAAUUGUUUCUUAAAAGUGCCAAUUGAA